AUGGACAAAGGACUUAAAAGUUCCAAAUGUGUAGCUUUGAAAGCAAAGAAGGCACCGAUCUCCCAAACGCUUAGUGUCCUAGGAUGCAGUACACUAAGCUACAGAAGGCCAUUACCAUGCAGCUCUGAAACCAAGAUCAAACGAGGUGAAUCAGUGGGAGAUGUGUUCCUAAACGCCAUCUCCUCUUCCACACCUCAAGAUGAAACAGUGGAAACGGACCCUCAUUCUGAGGAAGAAGUAAGCAGUGUUGUAGGUCUAGAGACUUCAUUUCCAAAAGCAGAAGAAUCAGAGAUUGGCUUAAUGUCCUGCGAUACAAAUUGUGAUGGAAAUCUUGGAAGGAAAUGGGAUAGUACCAUUUCUGAAAAAAAGCUACAGGAUCAAAAAGACUUAAGAGAUUCAAAACCUGCAAGUUUGUCUAGUCCUGCAUCAGCUCAAUCUAAAAGUGAGAGCUACACGUUGGAAUAUGCGGGCAAAAAGGAUAUGCGUCCCAGGCAUAAAAUGUUGGGGGCAAAACAACCAGGAUAUCCUACAGGAGGCCAUAGAAAGAAAAAGCAGCACAAAAUUAAAUACCAGGAGGGAGAGAAUCGGUGGUGUGCAGGUGGGAUAGAGUCAUUAUUCAGUGACACCGAAGAUGCUCCAAGUCCAUCAUCCAAAUUGAUUAUGGAUAAACUAUCAUUUGAUACAACAAAAAGGGACACGCUACCUGAGCGAACCCUUGAAAGUAUUGUGAGUAAUCAUACAACAGUAGAAAAGGGAAAGGUAGAAGAAAACAUUGCCCCAAAUUGCUUGAGAUCUGUAGAUUUUUUUAUAUCUGUUUCGUCUGACUCCAAAAGCAAGGGAAACAUAAGACAACUAUUGAAAAGUGAAAUUAUAAAAAUAGAUAUUAAUUUAAUGAGUCAAAAUGUAGAGUUAAAUGAUGAGUUUACUCCAGAGCCUGACUUUUUGUCUGAGAUCCAUCCUACUCAAAAUGAAAAGCAGAAUGAAUUUAAAUCCGGGAUGUGGAAAACAACGAAUCCCAAGACAAUUGUCCCGCACAAGAAACAGCAAGAGUCCGAUGUCCCAGAAGCUAUCUGGAGUUCGACUUGUGCUUCCAUUACUAUGUAUCCUAAAAUUAUAAAAUCUAAAGAUAAGGCAAAAACAGAUGAUGCGAAAAACACUCUGCCCAUCAGACAGAAAAAACUGAAGGCCAAGAGAACACCGGUUUCCCAGUGCCUUGGAAUUGGUACUGGGAGCAAUACAAAAGGACAGAGAGUUCGCAUACAGCAGCCAAAGGCAUUCCUAUUGAGCGAAAAUGUAGCAAAUCUAGUUCUUGAAGGUCAUUUGGACUCUGGAUGCCUUAUGUCUCAGCAUAAAAUGCUUGCAGAAAUGAAAAUGAAGCAGGACAAGCUGAAAGAGGGGGAAGGCAUCCUCUUACGUGUAAAGAUGGAUAAACUACUAACCAAAAGGCCUCUGUUGUCAUCAGGAUGUGUCGAUGUGUCCAGCGUCAUUGAAAAACUGGAAGAAAAUAAUGGAAAAGAACAACAAAGUCACCAAGACAUUUUAGCAGACAUUCCCCAGGGCUGUGUGCAACCAUCACAGCCCGAGUCACAACAAACGAAAGCACUUCACCAUGACAUGUUAGUUUUACAAAGACAGGUGUGCUUUGAACCAAUUUCACGGAAUGAUGGAACUGAUCACAUUGAUAAGAGUGCUACGCCAAUCACUCUCAGGAGGCCAGAACACUAUAACACAGAUCAAAAAGAACUCCAAGUUCUUUCAUUAGACAUUUUCCCACCAUGUAGAGAUUACUUAGUGGUUAGCCCACAAAUAGAGAAACCUUACCAUGUGAAGUCAAAAGUUGGCUUGGAAAGAGAAGUAGUAUAUGGUGGUGUAUUUCCAAAGAAGACAGACACCAGUGGCAAUAUAUAUGAUACCCAAAGAGUUAGAACAAAUGCAGAACCCCUUCAUCUGGAAAACAUAGGAGAGUUACCUAAGGAAGGAGAAGUGUGUAUUAGCAGAAAAAAUAUAUCCAGUCUUUUGGGGGACGAAGGAUUAAAUGACACUGGUAUUUUUCUAAAUUCCAAAGGACAGAAAUUUCUAGGGGGUCUGCACAAAACAUGUCCAGCUUGGAAAGAACAGGCAAAAACAUCUAGCGAUCCUAAAAGUAUUCUAGAUUCUGUAUCCUGUGCCACUAGGAGGCCUCUCCAUUUAAACCAGACACUGAGUACGACAAGGAGACAAGAUGAUAAUAUCUCUCUAAAUGUCAGUGUGGACCCAUGGGGUCAUAAAGAACGAUCGGAGUUAUUAAGUGCUAUUCCAAUGCGAUCACAAAGAUGGAAAGUGGACUUUUCAGAAAAACCAAGGGUAAAGCAGCUGAACAUUUGUAACCAGAAUAAAGAGAAAAUUCUGGAAUCCAUUUUCUCAUGUGUGUUGCGUCAAUUCCACACUGUAAAUUCAAAGAGACAAGGAAUGUCGAGUUCAUCAGUUUUAGAAAAAGCAUCGAAUGAAGUUAGUAUUCCAGCAGAUCCUCCUCCACGUACUGAAGGGAUUGACCCACAUUUUGGAGGGAGAGAAGAACACCCGGGAAGUACACCCACAGCUUUUCCGACACGGGUUUCAAGCUCUCUGCACGAUACGUGUCAGAUUGCCUCACCACAACGAAGCGAAGCAGUAAAGCCAACAAGUAGUCGACAGUACACUUCGGAUACAGAAACGAGGAAACAGAGAGAAAAACAUAGGUAUGAUCAUCUCCCAAAGCCUACAUCUCACUCCAAAACAGAUCUACUUCAAAUGACACAUGACUCUUCAACUCCACAGACCAGACAAACACUAAGAAAAUUGGACAUGAUCAAUGGCUAUACUCAGAAAAGAAGAAACAGACAGACACAAUAUCACCCGCCAAUUUCCUAUGAUAGCGUCCAGGAGACUUUGUCUUACUCUCAAAAUUAUCCCUGUCAUUGGCCACACUUAAUGCCUCAGAUGAAGGAAGUGUCUGAAUCAGGUCGUGUUUCAAACAGGAAAAAAGGACUAGACUUGUGUUUUAAAAAUCAAACAAGUAUGGAAUGCUUUGUGCCAUUAAUGGCUCCAAGGCAAAUGAAAACACAAAAUGCAAUGCUGCCUUUGGAAGCAUGCAGUAAAACCAUAAAAUACUGGAAUCCUGUAUUUUCGAAAGGAACCCAGUCAUCAGAUAAGCCACAGGUCACUGAGACAAUAGUUAAUAGUAACUCACCCAAGAUAAGAGUUACAAAGAAAGGAGACUUAUGUAAGGCCAAAGAAAAGCAAAUAGAAGCAUAUGUGCCUAGAAUACUUUUACAUUUUCUUUCAAUAUGUAUGCAUCUUUGGCAUGAAAAUAAGAGACAGAAGGGUGGCCUGAAAGAGGGGGUUAUGAAAGGCAUACGAUGGCCCGAAAGUAGAGCUCUGAAAUCUGUAUUUUCAGAUACAUUUGGUGCCACUGACUGCGAUAUCACAAGCAGUGGACUAGAAAUGCAAUGGAACAUAAAAGAUAAAAUAAUAAACAUAAAACAGAGGCAUGGUGACCAAAAUUGGAUUGUCACAAAAAUAGGUGAGCCCAUCCCUUCUUUACCUCACUUCAAAUCAGGUGAAGAGGCAACAGGUGUGAUUGGCUCCAGUAGUAUAAAAAGAACAAAACAAGCAUCGCAAGAAGAGAAUGGUGCAAAGGCAGUAGAAAUGAAAGGAAUAAGGGACUCUGACCUUAUUUCAAAGACAGAGAAGUCAUCACUGUCACAUGUCACUGGGGAAGAAUUACCUUUGUUAUUUAAUAUUGUAAAACAAGAGAAAAAGGUACAACUUGGUGAAGGUAAAUUAGCUGUGAAACUGACAAACACUUGCACUUUCUUACCAUCUUUGUGCCAUGCUAAUUUGAAUUCAACAAUAAAAGUAGGACAGAAUAAGUCAAAAAUACUAAGGAGCAACCUGCCACCACUAAAGUCCCAGAAAUCAUCAAAAGUCAGAGAAGUAUCACUUUUAGAGUCAGCUAAUCAAGCUAAUUUAAACAAUGUAAUAGAAGUAAAAUGUCUGCCACAGAGGAAGAAAGAAUGUGCAGAAAAUAAAGUCGAUGUAAAGGAUAUAAUGGACCUCAUAUGUACCACUCUAACAAGGAAGCAGUCACCUUUUAAUCACUUCCUGCAUGGAAGGGGACCAUGGCGGAACGACAAACACCGAAAGAAAAUAGCUCAAGAUAAUAAAAAUAGUCUAAGCACAGUUCCAAAUAAACUGUGGGAUUCCAUUCCCUCUUCACCUCAGUUGGAGUGGGAUACUGAAAUAAAUGAAAUUUACAAGCAAGGAAUAACAAGAUUCUGUCUUCCAUCAUUGACACUCCAGGAACUGUCAGAUGCAAUGAGAACAGAUAAGAAGCCAAGUGAUGCUACCUUAAGCGGUAUGAGAAGAGCAAAACAUUUGCCACGGAAAGGCGGAGUGGAAAUAGCUCCUGCAGAAAUGAUACAGUCGGAAAGAAUAACUGUGAGGCUGAAGCAAUCUUCAGUAGUGAGUAAAUUACAGUUGAAUACUGAAGAAGAGGAGAAAAGGAUGCAGGAUGAUAAACAAGGCACGAUUCAGAGUGACUAUUCCAUCUCUUUUCCACCUUAUUCUGAAGUGGACAUGAACACAAAAGGAGAAGAAGCUAGGCAAAGGAAGGUAAGAUUUUGUCUUCUACAGCCAGAGCUUCAGGAGACAUUGGCUAGAGAUGAAAUAACAUACAAAAUGUCUGCAUCUAGUCCUACCUCAAACGGUGUAAUAAAUGCCACAGAAAAGAUAAUGUACAAAGAAAGGGAGACUUCGAAAGUGGAAGAGGUCAUAUCUUUGAAGAAAAAUAAAUCAUCACAUUUACAGAAAAUUCAGCUCGAGAAAAAACAUCAAGAGAAAUAUCUACAAGAUGAUGUUCUGACCAGUUCUAAUGAUUCGACACCUUCUCAUCCAAAACUGAAUUUGAAUGUAGAAGAAAUGAACUAUGUAACCAAAACAUCGAAGUAUUCUCUUCCAGAACUAGCAUGCAAGAUAUCAUCGGUGGCAGUGAGAAAAGCAAGUAAAAUGUCCAUCAAGGGUAAGAUCACAAGUGGCACCGAAAAUGUAAAAGAAUAUGUACUGCAAAAAGAAGAUGAUAAAGUAAAAAUAUUAGCCAAGAAAGACAUAAUAUAUCCAAAAGAUAAAUAUUGGAAAGGAAGUAAAGAGCAAGGGAAAAUGGACCCACAAAGUGAAAAACAAGCAAAACCAGAUGGAGAAGGCAUCAAACAAAAGAAACAGGAUGGCACAGAUCAAAAGAAAGUGGAGGGGGAAGGCAGAGAACAAGGAAAAAGUAGAGACCAUAAAAUGCAAGGGAAAAUGGAGCUACAAGGCCAAAAGCAAGAGAAAAUAAACAGAGAGGACAAAGAACAAGAGGAAUGGAAUCGAGAAGAUAAAGGACAAGAAAAAGGGGAUCCAGAAAGUAAAGGCGGGCAAAAGACCACAGAUUCAGAGGGUAAAUUGCAAGGGAAAGCAGAUGCAGAAGGUCGAGGACGUGGGAACAGAGGCCCAGCGUGCAAAAAUACAGAGAUCGUUAUAAAGCAGGAGGAGACGUUAGAACUCGACGUGGGUAGGAAAAGGACAGUGUUCACCAGCCUCCCCAUGCUACCCGCGGGGCACAUGGGCAUCACCGAGCUCAACAACGCCCUGGGAAGGAAAGCAGAGCUGACCUUGCUUGGUCCGGCCCGGGAAGCGCAUGUUCUGGAACUGCUUCAGAACUCCCUCAAACUACUCUGGACCUUUCUGCUUCAGUCUGGACACCUAGAGGGGAUUCAGAAAACGAACCAAACCACCCCCGUCCACCUGGAGCAGCGGGGGGGAAACGAGGCUCAAGGCGUCACCCAUGCAGAGAACACCUGCCCCGGCCAGCAACCACAAGAAAAGGGGGGGCGAGCAUCGCCUGGCACAAACCCAAACCUGCAAGCGCGGGAAGCCCUGGGGAGGGCACCGAGUCCCCCCAAGGAGACAGGUGCAGAGCAUCCUACGCCGCCACCGAGGCUGGGUCUCGCCGGACGGGGCGCGCCCACCCGCGGGACGGGACGUCGCUUCAGGAGAACGGACGGUGUGAUUUCCCGGAGCCGAAGGAACCCAAGGGUCGUGAUCGGAAGAAACCUUUGCCUGUGCGUGAGGAGCCCCGGUGCGGGAGGCCCCGGGCGCGCGCGGGGAGCCGCUGUCUCCCGGUUCAAGGAGGAUGCAGCCCGCGCGAGCCCCGCGAGCGCCGGGGCGCCCCUUGGACGCGGCGGAGGGGACGGGCAGCUCCCCCCGGGGGCGGCAGGAAGCGGGGGGAUCCAGAAGCUGCGCCUGCACGUCCUGGAGCGGGAGGGCAGGCUGCCCCCCAAGUGCGUCCUCCCGCACGCGGGGUGCCCCUUCGCGCUUGCAGAUGCCAGCGCCACGGGGGGCGUCCGGGCGGAGAGGCCCCCGAGUGCGGCCCUUGGAGGAGGAGGAGGAGCCCCCCGCGAGUCCCACGCCCCAGCGGGGAGCCGGGACACGGGGGCUCCGGACGACCUGGGGACACCGCGGGGACACCCACCCGGGGACACCCCCCUCCUCCCGCCGCCCUCUCCCGGGGGCUCGCCGGCUCGGCCAGCCGCCCCGGGUUCCCAACCCCACGCCGUCGUGCCGUCGUCCUUCACUCCCGGAGGAAGACACGAGCCGGCCCACGACCUCGAUUGGAAAGUUCUAGAAAUAAACCGGAAGGCCGAUCUGGGGCCUGACGGCUGGACGGUCGGGGUUCCGGAUGGAGCUGGUGCGCCUGGACUUGCCGGCCCCCCCGCGCCCGGGACCCCCGACGUCCUCCAGAGCUACUCGGCCCAGCAGAGGGACCGGCUGCUCAUGCACCUGUCCAUGAAAACCCUGGAGAUCCAGAUGAAAGCCCCGUCGAGGGUCGUGCGGGACUCGUGCGCCCGGGCCCGCGCCGCGCACGGCGGGAGAGCAGCGCCGCCGCCGGGCAGCUGCGUGCACCCCGCGCCCCGGGCGCCCCGGCGGAGGAACCGAGUGCUGCUGCUGUUCGAGGAAAAAUCCCUCCACCAGAUCGACCUGGAUCUGCGCUCCCGCUACCUCCGCUUCCACCGGGGCCUCGCCCCGCACCGCGCGGCCCGGGAGCAGGAGAGCCGGGACCCCGGUCCCCCGCGCCGGGAGAACGCGGCGCUCCGCAGCCGAGCCCCGGAGCCCGGCAACCCGCGCGCCCGGCCCCCGGCUCCGUGCGCGCCGCUGCGGCUGCGCCCAGACGCCAGGCCGCCUUCCCCGCCCCGGCCCUGCGCCGCCGCCCGGGCGGAGGAGGAGAGACGGCCCGGCGUGCGCUUCCGCGAGCCCGGGCCGCGCCCAGCUCCGCCCCUCGGAGCCCGGGAAGCUGCCGGCGGCGUGGAGGGUUCGCACCCGAGCCCGGUUUCUGACCGUGUCUCGUCUCAGAGGGGCCCCGCUGCGGGGCUGAGUGACGACGACGAGGAGUGUACGUUGCUAGCUGGCACUUUGACGAAGGAACCGCGGGACAUCCCGUCCGAGCUGCGGAAGGGCCUGCCUUUGGGAGACAGCACUGACUUGAAGCCGCCGUUUCGCUGGGAAGUUCCGGGAGACCGUCCAAAAACGGCUUCUCGAAAACACGCCUUGAGUAUGCCCUCGCCCCCCAGCGGGUCCCCCAAAAGCGGGAAAUGCAGACCGCCCCCGAAAUGUCUAUCUCCGGACAGGCUGCGCCACAGCGCACCGAACGCUGUGGACGUUCACUCCGCGCCGUCCUCGGUACCGUUUGAUGGAGAGAAGAAGCUCGCGUGGACCACGUCGAGCACCGCAAGCUCCCUUUCAGCUUCCUCCUCCGGGUGGGUCACUCAAUUCCAUCCUGGGAAAAAGCACCGCCCGUCUCACGCGCAUCCGGAAAGCAAAGACAGAAAGAAGACCUCCUUUGAGGUCUGUGGAAAGCACGCGGGUCACCGCGGCCACCCCCGCAGCACAGAGAAGCGCGCCAGAAGGAAGGAAGUCGGGGACUGUGAAGCAGAGAACGCGACCUCUUCCCAAAGCAAACGCAGACCAGCAGCAAAACAUCAUCAGGGGGACAUCGACUUCGGCUCAGAAACACCAAGGCAACCCUUCUUCUACGCCUGCGUGCCCGCGGACACCCUGGAGAUCGUGCCCCAGACUGUGCGCUGGACGAUCCCCUCCAGAACCUUAAGGAAGAGAAACUUCAAAGUUCCCCUGGUGGCAAAGAUCACGAGUUCUUGGAAGAUAUGGGGUUCACAGAAAUAG